GUGGUUUUAGCCAGAUAGCAGGGAAGGGUGGAGGUUGUGCAACACUAAGGCAGCUGGGUUCCAGACAGAAGAGGCCAACCUGCUAAAUGGCACAGCAGGGAACAGGGUGGGAGAUACUGGGCUGGAAAAAUGGGCAGUGACUUAGAGAAGCUCAAAAGAAUAGCUAAGGGGUUGUAAGGGUUCUGGUUUGGGAUUUGAGGUGUUUCCAUGGCUGCAUAUUUUUUUCUAGCCAAUUCUGGUUGCAGGAAGAAGUAUGGGGUCAGAUUUGACCUGCAGUUUUUUAGGUGAUAAUAAAGUGAGAGGAGUUGGAAAAGAAAAAAAUAUAUAUAUAUCACCAACAAUGAGAGAAUCUAAGUUGGGAAAGGAGGAGGAAAUAGAGGAUGAGGGGUAGCAAAAUGGAAGCAGAGUUCUUUGGAGACAGAAUUUGAUUAUAUUGCCCAGAUGGACCUGAACUCAUAAUCCUGACUCAGCUUUUCAAGUAGCUGUGAUUGUAGAUAUACCACACAUAUCUCUCUAGUUUAGAGAUACAGACUUGAAGGAAUGAAAAUUCUAAAUUAUCAUAAGCUACUGUGUGGGUGCAGACAUCAGUAUACAGGAGUUGUUUCUCUCCUUCCACUGUUACUUGGGUUCUGUCUAUUGAACUCAGAUUAGGCUUGUACACAGAGCCUUUACCUGCUGAUCCAUCUUGCUAGCCCCUAGCAAGUUCAACCCAGCCUGUAAUCCUAGCUACCUAGGAAGCUGGUGUAAGAAGACUGCAAGUUCAAGACUCUGUCUAAGCAAUUUAGGAAGACCCUAUCGUAAAACAAAAGGUAAAAAGAGGGUUGGGAUCCUGGGCAUGGUGGUGCAUGCCUUUACUCCCAGCAUUCUGGAGGAAAGGGAGGUGGAUCUCCAUGAGUUUGAGGCCAGCCUGGUCUACAAAGUGAGUUCCAGGACAGUUUAGGGUGACACAGAGAAACUCUGUCUCAAAAAAUCAAGAGGGAUGAGGAUAUAAUUCAGUUCUGGAGGACUUGCCUAACAUGUUCAAAGAUUGGGCUCAAAUUCUAUUAAAUGUCUUCUUCACAUGUCCCCAGACUGGGGGUGAAAGGCAUUGUCUGGGAUUCAUACAUGUUUCGGGUUGUAACUUGGAGGAUUAUCAGGUAGUCUAGUGAGGGAUUUCUUAAACUUUUACCACUUUUGAUCCCUUUCAUUUGAGAAACUUUUACAUGGUUCAAAGUACAUAAAAUAAGUAUAAAAAUUAAACUGAUAAAUCAUUAAGAUCUUUAAAACAAUUUUUGGUAUGUAUAUAGAUUCAACACUUUAUUAAAGAUUAAAGCAAAUUUGCAUACUGAGGUUGAUAUGCUUGUUUGUCUAACACAAUACAAUCUAAAGAUAGACUAAUUUGAUAUAUGCUGAGGAAUGAUGGUAGGAAAUACUAAAAGCCUUCAUUUUUGUAAUUAAACUAUUAGUUUUUUAAGAGUAGCAAACUUCCUAUAUGAAUAAGUAAAACUUCUUGUAUAAAUAUUAAUUUCAGGUUUUUUUAAAGAUGUAUUUAUUUUAUGUAUGUAAGUACAGUGCCACUGUCUUCAGACACACCGGAAGAGGGCAUCAGAUCCCAUUACAGAUGGUUGUGAGCCACCAUGUGGUUUCUGGGAAUUGAACUCAGGACCUCUGGAAGAGCAGUCAGUGCUCUUAACCACUGAGCCAUCUCUCCAGCCCAACUUCGGAUCUUUUAAAAAUGUUUUUUCAUUUAAAAAUUUCAUGUGUUUCACCCACAUGAAAUUCAUGUGUUGUACCACUGGUGUGACUAGUUCCAUCAAGAAGUCAAAAGCUGUCAGAUCCCGGCUCUGAGGAAUAGAUGGCUGUGAACUUCCAAGUGGGUGCUGGGGAUCAAACCCAGGUCUGAUGGAGAGCAGCCAGUGCUUUUAACCGAUGGGCCAACUCUCUGCCCUAAUUUUAGCGUUUUCCAGGCUUUCUUCAUGGUUGGGUAUAAAAGAAUGUGCAAAGUGCACAUGUUCAGAACCAAGGGUGUAUGAUGCAACAUGGGCUGGCUCUGCCAGCAGCCCCAGGUUUACUAUGCAUUCGAUUUUAAAUUAAUUUUUGACUGUGUGUGUUCAGGAACCUUUCACUGCUGCCUAACAUUUUGCAACUACCACAUUCGGUUAAAUAAUCCCAUAAGAAGCUUUGGACUAAUCUGAAAGUAGUGAGCUUCAAAGUUCAGAGUUCAGGGAGGAGGGAAAGAGAAUGCUCUGAGAGUCAUUACUGAGAAGCAGUCGUUGGUGUCUGAUCUCCCCUCUGGGGGCAGUAGACUGAAGGAGGAACGCAGCCAGCCCUUUCACUGGGCUGUAGGAUGGGCAGGGUGGCCAGAGCGAUGGGUCCUGUGAUGGAAUUUAAUGGGGUUAUGGGCCAAGAACACGGGGAGUCAGGCAGAAUGAUUUGGUAGCACUUUGAGUGGAGCCUGAAGUAUUGUGUUAAGUGGUUGAUAAUUGGGUAUAGGAAAGUACACUAUGUUUGGACACUCAGAAAAAUCACAAUUGAACUUAGCUUAGAACUGGUGUAUCCAGGAGCUUUCUGUAGAGAAAACUGUAUUUUCUUUUCUUUCUUUUUUUUUUUUUUUUGGUUCUUUUUUUUUUUCGGAGCUGGGGACCGAACCCAGGGCCUUGCGCUUCCUAGGUAAGCGCUCUACCGCUGAGCUAAAUCCCCAGUCCCCUGUAUUUUCAUUUAUUUUUGUGUUCUUGUGUUUAAGCAUAUGGGAAACUGGAAGUAGAUGGACAUAUGUGCUAAGAACUAAAGAUGACAUAUAUUGGGCUUCUAACCUUGUUCUUCCCUACAGAUAGAACUGGAAAGUCUUAUUUAAAUAUUGAUGUGGAUUUUCAUUUGUUAAUCCUCCAUGAUUAGUUUGUAAACAGCCUAUCUGACUGUUGCUUUGCCAAGCAUUCAUAUACACCAGUGAACUAUAGAAAAUUUUCAUCCUUAUCCAUUCUUAAGUAUGAUAAAGGAUAAGACAUGUUUUAUUUAUAUUUACAUAUUUAUAAAUAUAUGUAUAUACACAUAUAUUUUUUUUCUUUUCUUUUUGUACUCCUGGCUGUCCUGAAACUCAUAGAUGCCCAAGUCUGCCUCCUGAGUGCUGGGACUAAAGGCAUAUGCCAUCAUACUCAGCUAAUGUUUAAAGUAGUUUUGGCAUCUAACCUUAUCUGGUGCCAAAGAAGAUUUCUGAAGGAAGUGACAUUUAAGCAAAACCUGAAUGAGAAGGUUGGUUUUAAAAGCAAGGAAUGGGGGCUGAAGAGAUGGCUCAGGGGUUAAGAGCACUGACUGCUCUUCCAGAGGUGCUGAGUUCAAAUCCCAGCAACCACAUGGUGGCUCACAACCAUCUGUAAUGGGAUCUGAAGCCCUUUUCUGGUGUGUCUGAAGACAGCUACAGUGUACUUAUGUAUAAUAGAUAAAUAAAUCUUAAAAAAAAAAACAAGGAAUGAGGCAAGGGUAGGGUUAGGUGGGUAGGAGUCAUUAAUUUCAGAAUUUAGGAGGCAGGGACAGGUGGACCUCUUGUUUCUGGCCAGCCAGACUACAUAGUGAGACUGUUUCAAAAAUAAAAUAAAAUAAGAUAAGAUAAAAUAAAAUGGAAUGACUGGUUCCUAGUGAAGUGAUGUGAUGCAGGAGAUGGGCAGGGCCUUUUAGGGCACUGAAAGAUACAGUAUGUGGGCCUGGAGCAGAUAGGAGAAUCUGCUCUGCAGUGGUGUCUGUCUUCAUGGAGAUUAUGGUGAAUAAAGUACAGCUUCUUCCUAGGACUCUACCAAAUUAGGAAGUUAGACUAUUUUAUUUACUGUUGUAACCCUCACACCUAUCAGAAAUGUAUAUUUGUUAUGCUUGGCACAUGGUACACACUUGAUAAAGAUUUGUUGAAUGAGUGCAUUACUCUGAAUGAUAGUCUGUAAGCUUAUAAGAAUAUUGUUAUAUUUUUGAAAAUAAAAUGAUAAAUGUGAUGUUAGGCAUGUUGGUUCAUGCCUGUUGUUUGAGCACACUUCAGGCUAAGGUGGGGGAAUUGAAAAUUCUAGGCCAGUUUGGAAUGUUUUCAUUGCCCAGUGAGAUCUAUCUCAAAAGUAAAACAAGAGAAAAACCAACCCCCUCUCAAAAAACCCCCUGCAUUGUAUUUGAGAAACUAUCACAGGAAGUACAAGAAGUAACUUGAGAAGGAAAAAAAAUCCUUCAACCUUUACCAGGCCUGAAUGGUUGUUUUCUGAUAAAUGAGCAUUAAUCAGCAGAUAAUUAUGCUUUUCUCUUGGUCCAACUAGAUCCUAUCUUGAUUUUCAUUGUAUAAACAUCUAUUUUUAUCAGGGAAUCAUUAAUUCUUUGAAAGGAAGCAUUGAGAAUCUUUUUUUUUUCUUUUUUCUUUUUUUUUCGGAGCUGGGGACCGAACCCAGGGCCUUCCGCUUGCUAGGCAAGCGCUCUACCACUGAGCUAAAUCCCCAACCCCAAGCAUUGAGAAUCUUAACAUCUCUAACACUCAACAUUAUGGCUGCUAACUGGUACCAAAAACCUGUUGGUGGAAUGUAUUUACCCCUGGUAAUCAACAUUAUUACUUUCAUUAACAAAGAGUACCAGACUCUAAGUAAUUGUUGGAGAUGGUGUCUUGUUUAUUGCUCAGCUGGCUUGAACUCCGAGGUUCUAGUGAUCUUUCUGUCUUAGGCUUUGAGUGGCUUGGACCAGAUACCAGCCACUGUAUACAAUUAAUUUGUCUCAUUCUUUUUAAUGCACUUACAUGAUCAUUGGCUAUUACAUCACCAAUGAUUCUUAUGCUUUAAAUAACAUGAAGGGAAAAUUAUCAGUAUGAGAGAUAUUUCAUUUCACUUCAUUUUUUUAAUUUUCUAGUGCUUAUCUGACUGUGGGCCUACUACAUAGGUAAUGCUGAACCCAUUUUACUUUUAUGACUAUUUUGCCUUUUGAAUGUUUGUGCACUUGUUGCUUGUAGAGGUCAGAAAGUGUCAGAUACCCUAGAACUGAAGUUAUGGAUGAUUAUAAACCACCUUAUGGAAGCUUAGAAUCAAACAUGGAUCCUCUUCAGGAACAGAAAGUACUCUUAACUGCUAAGCCAUUUUUUCAGCUCCUAUUUUUACUAUUUUCUGAUGUAAUAAAGGAAUCGAGAAUGUGUAGAAAGCCUUUUCUGAUAUUUAGACCAAGUUUCUUUUGAUUUUACUGUUUGCAUCUUUCUUUAGCCUAUUAUGUAAUUAAAAACUUCAAGAAGGAACCAUUUGCUCUUUAUGUUUGACUUUUAAAAUUUGACUUAAUUAUAAUAUACACAAAGAAGUCCCUUGAUCAUGCCCAUAAAACAGUUGCUAAAGCUUGUAACACUAGAUGUUCUUUUACAUCAGUCCUGUCUGGUACUUGCUUUUGGAGGUGAAAGUUCGUGCAUUUAGCAUGGUCUAAGUAUUCUGGAGGAAGAACUCUUGAAAUCAACUUUAAAGUAUUCUUUGUUUUUAAUGUGUCUGUGUCUUUGGGUAUGUUCAUGUGAAUGUAAGUGUUGGGGAAGCCAGAGAUGAUAGAUACGCACGGAACUAGAAUUAGAGGUGGUUAUGAGCAACCUAACGUGGGUGCUGAGAGCUGAACUAAAGUGCUCUGCAAGAUUAGUAUCUCUUCAGACCUUUAAAUAGCUUAAAAAUAGUUUUAAUUUGUUUUUCCGAGAAAGGGUUUCUCUGUGUAGAACUCACUCUAUAGACCAGGCUGACCUCGAACUCACAGGGAUCUGCCUCUCUCUGCCUCCUGAGUGCUGGGAUGAAAGGUGUGGGUUCCCACUGAGCUUAAGGUUUUACUUUUCUUUUUAAGGUUUCCUCAUUCAUUGAUACACUAUCUCACUAAUUUACAUAUCCCAUAUUAUUGUAAAAUAUAUAAUGAACUUGCAAUAAUUUAUUCAUUUCCUUCUGAAUUUUCUCUGAACCUUUGUGUGGUGCCAGGGAUUAUGGGCCUGUGCGUGAUAGAGGAGCGCUCAGCCACUUUACAUCUGCAGCCCUGAACUCAAGUUAAUUUCCUACCAAGAGCCUCAGAAUUCGACGCGGUUUUAAAUGGCUUUCAAGCUCUAAGCAUAGUAAUUAAUCUAUGAACACUAAAUUUGUUAGGUAGCAAUAAAAGACAUGGCUUGCAGUAAGCCAUUUCCUCACCAACACGCAUUUCUUGUAUUUGUGACGUGAGUUGUAUGUAAAAAUCGAUGACACUCGCGUAUUUUCAAACACUAUACAAGACGGUUCUAUCUGUGUUCCUGGGUCUUCUACUCAAAGGAGGUGGCUCUGCCCCUGCUCGUCUUCUUUCAGGAAUCCUUGAGACGCUAACCCUACAAGGAUACCAAAUAACUCUGUUUAUUAUUUGCUUGUUCCCUCCCCUUCCUUGUCAGUUAAGCGACUGGUGCCCUAUUUCUUAGCAACGAACACCACUGGACAGCGAUACCGGCUCAGCACUUCCGUUAAGUAUUUUGAACCUUUCCAGGCGAUGUCUCCGCACAGCCGUUGCGACCUUAACGCGGCCAGAUUCUGCGCACGUCAUUUUGGGAAUGACUGUUGUAGACACUGCCUUUUUUAGUCGCAGAUCUGACCGCAGAUUUUCCUUUCCCACCCUAUGUCCGCUGGAGCAGUGGUGGCCGGAGAAAACUUCUUGGGGUUCCCUCCCGCGACCCAAAGAACACAACUGUUCUCGCUGCCCGGCACCCAUCGCCACGUCAGCUCACGCUCGCGACGCCAGCACGCCUGCGCGCAGAGAAAGGCGGAGCAUGCGCAAAGGCCUGCCUCUUACAUCCGGGGCUCGGGCGGCGGCGCUGCCGCCGCGAGGGAAUCACGUGGCUCCUUCCUUUCCGUCUCUGGCCGGCUGGGCGCGGGCGACUGCUGGCGAGGCGCGUGGAAGCUCGCGCUAGUUCCCCUCCGCCUCCUCUCCCGGUCCAGGCCACUAGGGAGUUCGCUGACGCCGGGUGAACUGAGCGUACCGCCAAGAUGCCGGCCUAUUUCCAGAGGCCGGAAAAUGCCCUCAAGCGCGCCAACGAAUUUCUUGAGGUUGGCAAAAAGCAGCCUGCCCUGGAUGUUCUUUAUGAUGUUAUGAAAAGUAAGAAACACAGAACAUGGCAGAAGAUACACGAGCCAAUUAUGCUGAAAUACUUGGAACUAUGUGUGGAUCUUCGUAAGAGCCACUUGGCUAAGGAAGGAUUAUAUCAAUAUAAGAACAUUUGUCAGCAGGUAAACAUUAAAUCUUUAGAAGAUGUUGUUAGGGCAUAUUUGAAAUUAGCAGAGGAAAAAACAGAAGCUGCUAAAGAAGAGUCCCAACAAAUGGUGUUAGACAUAGAAGAUCUGGAUAAUAUUCAGACUCCUGAGAGUGUUCUCUUAAGUGCAGUAAGUGGGGAAGACACUCAGGAUCGUACUGACAGAUUGCUACUGACUCCCUGGGUCAAGUUCCUGUGGGAAUCAUACAGGCAGUGUUUGGACCUUCUUCGAAACAAUUCUAGAGUAGAGCGUCUUUACCAUGAUAUCGCCCAACAAGCUUUCAAAUUCUGCCUCCAGUAUACUCGCAAGGCUGAGUUCCGCAAGCUGUGUGACAACUUGCGAAUGCACUUAUCCCAGAUUCAGCGCCACCAUAACCAAAGUACAGCAAUCAAUCUUAAUAAUCCAGAGAGCCAGUCCAUGCAUUUGGAAACCAGACUUGUUCAGCUGGACAGUGCUAUCAGCAUGGAAUUGUGGCAGGCAACCUUCAAAGCUGUGGAAGAUAUUCAUGGACUAUUUUCCUUGUCUAAAAAACCACCUAAGCCUCAGUUGAUGGCAAAUUACUAUAACAAAGUUUCAACGGUGUUUUGGAAAUCUGGAAAUGCUUUGUUUCAUGCAUCUACACUUCAUCGUCUUUAUCAUCUGUCUAGAGAAAUGAGAAAGAAUCUUACACAAGAUGAGAUGCAAAGAAUGUCUACUAGAGUCCUUUUGGCGACUCUUUCCAUUCCUAUUACUCCUGAGCGAACUGAUAUUGCACGACUUUUGGAUAUGGAUGGUAUUAUAGUUGAGAAGCAGCGGCGCCUUGCCACAUUGCUAGGUCUUCAAGCACCACCCACACGAAUUGGACUUAUUAAUGAUAUGGUCAGGUUUAAUGUGCUACAAUAUGUUGUCCCAGAAGUGAAAGACCUUUACAACUGGUUGGAGGUGGAAUUCAACCCACUAAAACUCUGUGAGAGAGUUACAAAGGUAUUAAAUUGGGUUAGGGAACAACCUGAAAAAGAACCAGAAUUGCAACAAUAUGUGCCACAACUACAGAACAAUACCAUACUCCGUCUUCUGCAACAGGUGGCACAGAUUUAUCAGAGCAUUGAGUUUUCUCGUUUGACCUCUCUGGUUCCUUUUGUUGAUGCUUUCCAACUGGAACGGGCCAUAGUAGAUGCAGCUAGGCACUGUGACCUGCAGGUUCGUAUUGACCAUACUUCUCGGACUCUGAGUUUUGGAUCAGACUUAAAUUAUGCAACUCGAGAAGAUGCCCCAAUUGGUCCUCAUCUGCAGAGCAUGCCUUCAGAACAAAUAAGAAAUCAACUGACAGCCAUGUCCUCGGUACUUGCAAAAGCGCUUGAAGUCAUCAAGCCUGCUCAUAUUCUGCAAGAGAAAGAAGAACAGCAUCAGUUGGCAGUUACUGCGUAUAUUAAAAAUUCACGGAAAGAGCAUCAGAGGAUCCUGGCUCGGAGACAGACAAUUGAGGAGAGAAAAGAGCGUCUUGAGAGUCUGAAUAUUCAACGUGAGAAGGAAGAACUAGAGCAGAGGGAAGCUGAACUCCAGAAAGUACGGAAGGCUGAAGAAGAAAGGCUGCGUCAAGAGGCAAAGGAGCGAGAGAAGGAACGGAUCCUUCAAGAACAUGAACAAAUCAAGAAGAAAACUGUUCGGGAGCGGUUAGAACAGAUCAAGAAGACAGAGCUGGGUGCCAAAGCAUUUAAAGAUAUUGACAUUGAAGACCUUGAAGAAUUGGAUCCAGAUUUUAUUAUGGCCAAACAAGUUGAACAACUAGAAAAAGAAAAGAAGGAACUUCAGGAACGCCUUAAGAAUCAAGAAAAGAAGAUUGACUAUUUUGAGAGAGCUAAGCGUUUGGAAGAAAUUCCUUUAAUAAAGAGUGCUUACGAGGAACAAAGGGUUAAAGACAUGGACCUGUGGGAACAACAAGAAGAAGAAAGAAUUACUACAAUGCAGCUAGAACGAGAAAAAGCUCUGGAACAUAAGAAUCGGAUGUCACGAAUGUUGGAAGACAGAGAUCUAUUUGUGAUGCGGCUCAAAGCUGCCCGGCAGUCUGUCUAUGAGGAGAAACUGAAACAGUUUGAAGAGCGUUUAGCAGAAGAAAGGCAUAAUCGCCUGGAAGAACGGAAGAGGCAACGGAAAGAAGAACGCAAAAUAACUUACUACAGAGAAAAGGAAGAGGAAGAGCAGAGAAGGGCAGAGGAGCAGAUGCUCAAAGAGCGAGAAGAAAGAGAACGAGCUGAGAGAGCAAAACGUGAGGAAGAACUUAGAGAAUAUCAGGAGCGAGUCAAGAAACUGGAAGAAGUAGAAAGGAAAAAGCGGCAAAGAGAGCUGGAAAUUGAAGAAAGGGAAAGACGCAGAGAGGAAGAAAGGAGACUUGGUGAGGAUCCACUUUCUAGGAAGGACUCUCGUUGGGGAGAUAGAGAUUCAGAAGGCACCUGGAGAAAAGGACCAGAAGCUGACUCUGAGUGGAGAAGAGGCCCACCAGAAAAGGAGUGGAGACGAGAAACUCGGGAUGAUGAGAGGCCUCACAGGAGAGAUGAGGAUCGGCUGAGGCGCUUGGGGGGGGACGAUGAAGAGAGAGAGUCGUCUCUUAGACCAGAUGAUGAUCGCAUCCCCAGGCGUGGCCUGGAUGAUGACAGAGGGCCUAGACGUGGUCCCGAUGAAGAUAGAUUUUCUCGUAGAGGAACAGAUGAUGACCGUCCUUCCUGGCGUAAUGCAGAUGAUGACCGGCCUCCCAGGCGAAUUGGUGAUGAUGACAGGGGAAGCUGGCGUCACACAGAUGAUGACAGACCACCCAGACGGGGACUGGAUGAUGACAGACCACCCAGACGGGGACUGGAUGAUGAGAGAGGAAGCUGGCGCACAGCAGAAGAGGACAGAGGACCUAGACGUGGGAUGGAUGAUGACCGGGGGCCAAGACGAGGAGGUGCUGAUGAUGAGCGGUCAUCCUGGCGGAAUGCUGAUGACGAUAGGGGUCCCAGGAGGGGGAUGGAUGACGAUAGGGGUCCCAGGCGAGGGUUGGAUGAUGAUCGAGGACCUUGGAGGAAUGCUGCUGAAGAUAGGAUUUCCAGGAGAGGUGCAGAUGAUGACCGGGGGCCUUGGAGAAAUAUGGAUGACGAUCGGGUUCCUAGACGGGGUGAUGAUGCAAGACCUGGUCCCUGGAGACCAUUUGUCAAACCAGGUGGAUGGAGAGAGAAAGAAAAGGCUAGAGAAGAGAGUUGGGGUCCACCUCGAGAAUCAAGACCACCAGAAGAACGUGAAUGGGAUAGAGACAAAGAGAAGGACAGAGAUAAUCAAGAUCGAGAGGAGAACGACAAGGACCUUGAACGUGAUAGGGACAGAGAGAGAGAUGGGGACCGGGAGGAUCGUUUCAGAAGACCCAGGGAUGAAGGUGGCUGGAGAAGAGGACCAGCAGAAGAAUCUUCAAGCUGGAGAGAUUCAAGUCGCCGUGAUGAUAGGGACAGGGAUGACCGACGGCGGGACAGAGAUGAUCGUCGUGAUCUGAGAGACCUGAGAGACAGAAGGGAUUUAAGAGAUGAUAGAGAUCGGAGAGGCCCUCCCCUUAGAUCAGAGCGAGAAGAAGCAAGCUCCUGGAGACGCACUGAUGACAGGAAAGAUGACCGGACUGAAGAAAGGGAUCCACCUCGUCGUGUUCCUCCCCCAACUCUUUCAAGAGAGAGAGAAAGAGAGAGAGAUCGAGAAGGUGAGAAAGAGAAAGCAUCUUGGAGAGCUGAGAAAGAUAGGGAGUCCCUUCGUCGUACUAAGAAUGAAACUGAUGAAGAUGGAUGGACCACAGUACGACGUUAAAUCACAAGACGAUGGAGUCAAACUUGUGGUUCGCAUAGGUUUGCUCACAUUCAAGGAUUAUUAUACUUGUGCUUCAACCAGUCUAAAUUGAAUUCUUUAAUGUUGUCUCACCAUAACACAAAAAGCAUGAACUUGUAUUAAUCAUAUAUAAUAGAUUGAUCAUGCACUGUAUUCACAGGAGGUUGUAAAACCAUGCCAUUUUCUGGAACUUAAGGUGUUGCAUUAUUUCAUCAAUCAUUUGUUAAAAAAAAAAACUAAAAAAUAAAAAAUGUGAACCCUUCAGGUGUAAACACCUUAUCUUGGUAUACAAUUGAUCUUUUUUGUUUUGUUUUGAUUUUGAAGUAUCAGAUAUUAAUUUGGAAUAAGGUAAGGUUCUCUUGAAACAUUUGAAAACCCUUUAAGACAACUGAUCUGUCAGCUUUCCCAUCAGUAGUAGUGGGAAUAUACCUUCUUAGGUAUUUACUGUUAAAUAUAUUUAGGCAGUUUAUAGCUUCUGAUCAGUGUGGUAGACAUUACAAACACUGGCUGUAAUGGGGUUUUCUAUAGACUUACUUGAGAGAGGUGAGUAUAAAAGCAUUUUUUAGUCAUCAUCAUGACGAUGCUGCUCAAGUGCAGGUCCAGAACAGUACAGCUUUGGGUCCCUAGAGCAUUUGGUAAACUGUUGUGGGUUUCUUUUUUUCUGUUGCCAAAAGAAAACUGCUUUUCCACUAAUUCAUGCCUUUCAAGCAUUUUAAAUAUGACAAUAUUUAUAAAUGUGUGGUUUGGAGGAAUUGUUUAAAUUCUUUUUCCUAAUUUUCUUCAGGAUAGAUUAUUUCAACAAGUAAUUUGUAGUGAUGACUGUGUUGACUUCAAUUUUGGAGUGUGUAGCUGUGUUUUAAAAAAAAAAAAAAGUAACCAUUUGGUCUUAUUGAAGCCAACACAGAACUUGCUGCUGUGUUUUAUUUCUUUGGUGAUAAAUAAAAUACUUACAUAAUUGG